CGCGAGCUUUUUUGCAGACAAAAUUUCAAGAAGGCUUGCACUUCAAUGAGGAUGCAGAUUCUGGCACGAGCUUUUUACGGAUGGCUAGCGUAUUGCGGACAUUUGCGGACCAUAAGAACACAUCUUUCACAUCUGAUUGAUACAAAAACUGUUGUUGAAAAUAUUGCCGGUCCAGUGAACGAGGAUUUUUGGACGGAAUGCCGGAAUACGAAAUCAGAAAAAUUCAAAAAGGAGUUCCUCUCCCGCGUUUAUCGCUAUGGCAUCAACGGGAAUGAACCGUGCAUGCUGCGACGUAAGACAUGGCCCUAUCUGCUGGGCUUAGUCGAGUGGGCGCAGGAUUUCGAGAAGCUAAAAAAUACAUAUCGUGCAAAAUACUAUAGUGAUGUUGUUGAGUGGGAAAAAAUUGAGAAAAUUGUUCACGAACGAGACCAAGAAGCAUUCGCCAUCGGACCGAACACGUCAUUUCGUGAGCUAUCCUUAAACAAUGAAGUAUUCGAGGAGGCCGAGGAACCACAAAAGAACCAGGAAAAAAACGACGAGGAUCUGAUUAUAAAAUUCGGUGCGAAUCUGCAUCGGAUCGAAAAGGACGUUGAUCGCUGCGAUCGAAGCUCCCCAUAUUUUGCGAAAAAAGAAAAUCUGGAAAAACUAAAAACCAUAAUGUGCACAUACGUGUGGAGGAAUCUGAACGAAGGCUACACCCAAGGGAUGUGCGAUUUGGCUGCCCCUCUGCUAGUCAUUUUUGAUGAUGAAUCACUGGUGUUAGCUUGUUUCGAUCGGUUGAUGCUGAGAAUGAAGCAGAACUUCCCUCAUAACACCGGCAUGGACGACAAUUUAGCCUAUAUGAGCUCCCUUAUACAGGUUAUGGAUCCCGAAUUUUACGAUUACAUGGCGGAGCACGGCGACGCCACUCAUCUUUAUUUCUCCUAUCGAUGGUUCCUGCUAGAUUUCAAAAGAGAACUGACGUAUCCGCAGGUAUUUCGAGUCUGGGAAGUCAUCUGGGCAGUGUCUUCACUGGUUACCAAACACUUUCACUUGUUCUUUGCUCUAGCUCUAAUCAUGGCCUACCGCCACAUAAUCAUUGAUAAUCGAAUGGAUUUCACGGAUGUUAUCAAAUUUUACAAUGAAAUGGCGGAAAGACACAACGUGGAUGAGCUUCUUGAUUCCGCUAGAACUCUACUCGAACGAUUACAAGCAAUUGUUUUGGAGCUUGAACAAAGCAAGAAAUAA